AUAAUAUUAUUAUUAUCAAAACAUAACCUUUAAGCAGAAUGAGCAAUAAUUUCUCUAAUUUUAUUAUCUAAGGACGUCUACUAGAAUUUAUUAAAGAUGAAUGAAUCAAAUGAAAGUAUCAAUCAAGAAGAUUAUGAAAGUGAUGAAUUUUUUGAAGAUGAUUAUGAAAUUGAUAAUGACUGUGACCCAUCAUCAAGUUCUCAAGAAAAAAAACCGGAUAAGAAAGAUCUAGGAAGUGUAAGAAAUACUUCUAAACUCACCCCUCAAUUGAAAGGUCUAAUGGGAGAAGCUAAUUUAAGAUUUGCUAGAGGAGAAAUUGAAACUGCUGAACAAAUGUGCCUUGAGGUUAUUCGCCAACAACCUAAAGCAUGGGAGCCUUAUUUGACUCUAUCACAAAUUUAUGAAACAAAAGACUUGUCUAAAUGCAAAGGUUAUUUAACAAUUGCAACUUAUUUAAAUCCAGGCAAUAAUUCAUCAUGGUUCAGACUGGCAGAAAUGACUAUUGAGGAGGGAAAUAAAAAAGAAGCUUUAGCUUUAUUAACUAAGUGUUUGAGACAUAAUAAAAACAAUUUGGAAGUUCACUAUAAAAGACUUGAACUUGCACAGGAAUUGGGUGAUCAAAAUAUGGUUAUAAAAUUUCAAGAACACUUAAUAGCAAAACUUCCAGAAGAUAGACAUGAGGAAAUCAUUCAAAUAGCUUCCAAUAUAGCCAAAGUUUAUUAUAAUGAUAAAAAGUAUUUGAAAGCACUAAAUGUUCUGCAAAUACCAUUCAAAAGGGUACCACAAAGUAUUACUCUACACCAUUUGAACAUGAUGUUGGAGUUAUUACUUCUCACAGAAAAAUAUGCUCAGUGUUUGGAUAUUUUUGUUUAUUUCUGCAGUUUCACCUUCGAAAUAGACGUUCAAGAAGACGAAUCUAUUGUUAUAAACGACUACACCAUGCCAGAUGAUAUUUCUAUCGAUUUAAAAACAAAAUUUGUAAUUUGUGCCAUCAAACUUAAAUGUAUAGAUGUAGCUAACAAAAUUAUAGAUAAAAUUGUUGCGGAAGAGGAUGUAGAGAUUGUUGGUGAUUUAUAUUUGGAUAUUUGUGAAGCUCUUAUAGCGGAAAAUAGGCAUGAAAUGGCAUUGAAACUUUUUAUACCCUUGAAGAAGAGCAAAAACUACUCGUUAGCAGCGGUUUUGUUGAAAUAUUCAGAAUGUUUGGCUGUUUGUGGUAUGAAAGAGCAAGCUGUAGAUGGAUACUAUGAAGUGAUAAAACUAGCACCCCAACAUAUAGAAGUACUGUGUCCGCUUGCGGAACUGCUCCUCGAUUUGAAUAAAGAGAAAGAAGCUCUUGAAGUGAUGUCUUACCAAGCGACGGAUAGAUUGAACGUUGGUGUGUUGAUAUUGCGCUUGAAAAUCUUGAAACGCAUAAGACAUUUAGAUGAAUUUUGGAGCUGUUUGGAACUGCUUAUGUCUCGACAUUGCAUAGUGUUCAGGCAUAUUUCGGAAAUUAGAACAAUUUUGACCGGAGGUAAGGCAUUGGAUAAAUAUCAAAGAGUUCAGAAAAUAAGGGAAUUCAGGAACGAUACUGUCGAGGUAAUUCCCAAUAAAAAUACCGUUUGUAUUAUGGAACCUGAAGUCGAAGUUGAAAUUGCUCUAAUUAAGGAACUUCUGCAGUUCGCUAUGGACAUUAAAGACUAUGCAAAUAUGGAAAAGUUUGGGCUGAUGGCACUUUCCUCAAGAAAAUUUGAGAAAUAUUAUGAGGAAUUAUCUCAUAUUACCCUACUCGCUUGCCUCUUCAAUGGAGAUUAUCAUCAUGGUUAUUACCUGGUCAGAGAUUUUGUUAUUAAGUAUCCCAAGAAUAACUAUUUUUGGAACCUAUUCAAAGCUCAAAACGAUACAAGAAUGCAUAAGUUCAUUUACCGAUUUCAGCAGAAACCUCUAGAAAGUGAAGCCUGUGAUAUACUGGAAGCAAAUGCGGAUUUUUAUUUUGGAAAUGACAAUUCGGCUUUGAAGUUUUUUAUGGGAGAGUUCAGAGCAACAAAAUCUCCGUAUUUAAGCUUCAUUUUAGGCAUUAUACUUUUACGUAUGGGAACAACUAAGAAAAAUACUUCGCAAGAUUUAAAAAUGCAACUUACAGAAAUGACUACUUAUCUUUUCUUGUUUUAUAGAAAUUGUCGAAGUAAUAUGGCCAAACAAGAGGUGUUUUACAAUUUGGGAAGAAUGUAUAGUCAAUUGGGAAUUAUGUAUUUGGCUGUUGAAUAUUAUAAGAAAGUAUUAGGAGUUGAAAAUGAACUUUUAAAAAAAUAUCCUGAGACUUUAUGCUUGAGAUAUGAGGCUGCUUAUAAUCUACAUUUAAUUUAUAAGAAAACGAAUCCGAACGAAGCAAGAAACGUUUUGAUAAAAUAUUUAACCAUUUGAAAAAGGUCAAAUUUGUGAAGAAAGUCUCAUGCACAAGCUGAUCUAUUGUUCAUACGUGUUUUUAUGAAUCUGUUAUUUUUUUUGUUAAAACUGUAAAUAUAUUUAUUUUAUUA